AUGGCAGCGCAGACGUCCACACCGCUCCCCUACACGGCAAACCCUCUUUUACUCAUGUUCAACGACGUGCUACUCUUCCUGCAGAUCACCUUGACGUGGCCGAUAACAGCUGGUCUGCUGAGUAUUGUGCUACCUCUUCUUCCGGGGAAGUCAGGCCCGCUAGACGAGCUGGCUUGGACGGGGCCAAAUCUGUGGGCGCUGUUGCAGCACUUCAUCCUCAUCCUUGCGCAGAUCUUGUUCUUGUUAUCACUGAUCCCGUUGGCGCUUCUCGUGCUGCCGGUGGUGUAUUUCCUCUACAUCACCGGGUUUGUGGUGGGGAAUCAGUGGAUUUCUCGACUGCUCAACGGUCCAAGACGACAGGGACUAUUCCAGUCGCAUCCUGAUUGCGUGAAAGGAGACUGGCCAGAGCAUGAGGGUGAGAAAUGGGUCUUCAUCAACGGUGUUGCCGUAGGAAGUCAUUGGCUGCAAUCGAAUCUCGACCUCCUUGCAAUGACAUUUCGGCGACCUGUAUUCGGCAUACACAACCAGACCCGCGGCAUCAUCUUCGAUGUGCUCGAGUGUAUCAUCCAACGAGACCUGAGCUUCGCGACAACCGACAUCCGCACGGCAUAUGCCGCGUUACAGGAGAUCCUCUCAGACGACAACAUUCACAAGGUGGUCUUGAUCCUCCACAGCCAGGGCGGGAUCGAAGGUGGCUUGGUGCUGGACUGGCUCUACGACACCGUCGCCGCGGACCAACUCCGCAAGCUGGAGAUCUAUACCUUUGGCAACGCGGCGAAUCAUUGGAACGCGCCCGUCAUUUCAACGUCGACGGCGAGAUCGACCCGCGAGGCGCCAACCACAAAUACCUCCGACGGCGUGACCAGCCAAAGAAUCGUGCAACACAUCGAGCAUUACGCCAAUGAAGGCGACUACGUCUCCAAAUUCGGCAUCCUACACUUCCGCCCGGACCAGGCGAAGCUGAUGCCGCCGACGAACGCGGUUCCCGACGGGAAUGUAUCACCACCACCACCGCCGACUGCUCAGCCUCGCGCGUUUCCCAACAGGAAUGUAUCACCACCACCGGCAACGCCGACUCCUCAGCCUCCCGCGUCGAGAAGUCCCACCACAAAGACCAAGACCCAGACCAUGAAAGUGAAUGCCAAGGCUGCAACAUACCCCUCCUCCAGUGCCACACGGACGCCGAAGCUGAGGACCGCCUCCACCUGGGUCCCGCGAUCCCACACGUGGACCACGUCACCUCACACGCCCAUCGAGCGGCGCCGCGAUCUGCAGCACGCGCAGGAGAACAACCGGUUCUUCGGCCGGCUGUUCAAGCGCGCCUCGUCGGGCCACAUGCUCAACCAGCAUUACCUGGGCAAUAUCUUUGAGAUGGAAGGUCUGGACCCGCGGGAUCGCUCACGGGGACGAGUCAAGAGUGGGAAUGCCUUUAUGGAUCAAUCAGUCGAUAUGGCUGUGUUGGAGCAGUGGGAUACCGUGCAGGCGGUGGCCGAGGGCCUGUCCGAAGACCGAGACCGAGAUGGAGGCGGAGAUUCAGGCGGGUUUGUCGAAGCUAGAGCGAGUACGAGUGCGAGUGCGAGUGCGAGUCCGAAUGCGAGUAUACCUGCCACGAACGGAAUACAGAUCAAACAGUUGAGUCGGCUGUGGGGGUAUUGUAAUGGAGCGAGUCCGAGGGAUUGA